AUGACCGAAAUCGGAGACGCGCAGGUGUCGAUCCGAUUUGUCGGAGAAGAUGGGAAAAAGGUCGGAGGAGCUGGAAUCCUCGUCCCAGUCAACACAACCACCAAUCAGUUGCAAAUUCUAUGUAAUCAACUUCUAGAGAAUAGGUUAAACAGUUUUAGCAUUUCAGAUCAUGAAUAGCAAUUUUUUAGUGAUGAUCCCGUGCCAAUUUCAUUUUUCACCAGCGAAGGAACUGAAAUCAGAGACUCAAUUUCACAAAGUUUGGAUAAGAUCGACACCGAAAAGGUGAUGAUUUCCAUAUUUCCUAUAAUAAUUGUGUGUAUUCUAGACUUUGGAACUGAUUUAUCAACCACAAGCAGUUUUUCGAAUCCGACCGGUUACGAGAUGUUCGGCGAGUAUGCCAGGCCAUGGCGAACCAGUCAUUUCGGCCCAAUUCAGUCCUGAUGGGCGGUUUUUCUAAAUUUCCAUCAAAUUUAGAAGUUUUUAUUGAUUUUCAGAGGUCUGGCCAGUGGGUCCGGAGACACGACAGUCAGAAUUUGGGACAUUGAGUUGGAAUUGCCAAAAUUCACUUGCAAAGCGCACAAAAACUGGGUUUUGUGUAUUGCCUGGUCUCCAGAUGCGACCAAAAUUGCGUCGGCUUGUAAAAAUGGCCAGGUUUGUGUAGUUCGCAUAUAUUUCUUGUUCCUAAUCAAUCUUAAAAAAAGCUAACACUUCAUGAAUUUCAUUGAAAAAAAGAAUGAAAUUUAAAAAAAUCACCAAAAAAAUACUAGAAUUAUUCUUAUUCAUUUGUCUUUUUUUGUUCAAUACUUGAAAGUUACUUCAUGAAUAUUUUCUGGAAUUUUUUUCUGUUUCCCAAAAAUGAUUUUUUUAAAGUUUUUUUCCUUAUCAUUUCAAUCGAUAGUGAACAAAUUUUAUUAGCAAUUUUCAUCCGAAAAAAAUCAUAAAAAUAUUUUUUUAUUUCUUGGAAUAUUUACAAACCUUGUUUUUCUUCAUGUUCGAGUGGGAAUCUUAUGGCUUAUUUUUUUCCAAUAAAAAAAUCUGAAUUUCCUAAAAAAAUUUAUUAUAAUGAAAUUUUAACUCCAUCAUGUUCCAGAUAA